AUGACCGACGCCAACGCUGUCAUCAGAAUCAAGCCACACCACUACAUCCAUGUUCUGGAUAACAAUACUAACGUCACACGUGUGGAGGUUGGUCCACUGACGUUCACUCGCCAGGACCACGAGAAGGUGGUUGCUGGUCCAGAGCCAAUGAUCAUGAUCCCACUUAGACACUACUGCACUAUUGCCAACCCCAUCGUGCGCAAUGCCGAGGGCGCCCUGGUGCUCAACGAGUUUGGUGAGGUCAAGCUGAGACACGGAGAUGAGGAGAUCAGAUUCGCCCAGGAGCCCUUCCCACUUUACCCAGGUGAGAAGCUCACUGGAAAGGUCACCGCCCUGCAGAUCGUGCCCCAGCUCAAGGCACUCAGACUGCACGCCCUGCGUGACUUCACCGAUGGCAAGUCCACCAAGGUUGCUGGUGAUGAGUGGUUGUUCGAGGGUCCCGCCACCUACAUCCCACGCAUUGAGGUUAGAAUCGAGGAGGAGGUCAAGGCCACCAUCAUUGCACCAAACCAAGCCCUGAAGCUGCGUGCCAACAAGGCUUUGCUCGACCGCAACGGAGCCACCCGCAAGGCUGGUGAGGAGUGGUUGAUCAGACAGGUGGGUGCCUACCUGCCAGGCGUCGACGAGAAGGUCAUCGAUACCAUCAACGCCUACAUCCUUACCGAUAAGAAGGCCCUCCACCUCAAGGCCGUCAAGACCUUCACCGACGAGCGUGGAAAGCUGCGCAAGGCUGGUGAGGAGUGGUUGGUCACUUCCAACGACUCUGAGACCCACAUCCCAGACGUCUACGAGACCGUCGUCGGUGAGGUCAACAUCACCACCUUGACCAACCGUCAGUACUGUGUCGUCAUGGACCCAAUCGGUACCGAUGGAAAGCCACAGCUUGGUCAGAAGGAGCUCAGAAAGGGUGAGUUGUCCUUCUUCCUGCGUCCAGGUGAGUCCCUCGAGGGCAACCGCAUCCAGUCCAUCUACAUUCUCAAUGAGCAGGAGGCCCUCUUGCUCCGCGCUAAGGAGACCUUUGACGACGGAAAGGAGAAGCACUUGGCCGGUGACCGUUGGAUGAUCUACGGCCCAUGUGACUACGUCCCACCCGUCCAGGUUGAGGUCGUCGAGAAGCGUGACUCCAUCCCAUUGGACGACAAUGAGGGUAUCUACAUCCGUGACAUCAAGAGCGGUAAGAUCACCACCAUCUCUGGUCGCUCAUACAUGCUUAAGCCAAACGAGGAGUUGUGGUCAAUGGAGUUGCCAAAGACCGUCGAGGAGGUCCUCGCCAAGGAGACCAACGAUCCCGAGUUCUCUGACAACCGUGACAAGACCCGUGUCGUCACCUACCGCGCACCACACAACUCUGCCGUCCAGAUCUACGACUACAAGGAGAAGAAGUCCCGUGUCGUCUUUGGCCCAGACUUAGUCAUGUUGGGUCCAGAUGAGCGUUUCACCGUUCUCUCGCUCUCUGGUGAGAAGCCAAAGCGCCCACACAUGAUCAAGGCCAUCGCCCUCUACCUCGGACCAGACUUUAUGACUGAUGUCGUCAUUGUCGAGACCUCUGACCACGCCAAGCUCUCCCUGAAGCUUUCAUACAACUGGCAGUUCAUCGUCGACAAGACCCAGACUGAGGAGGCCGCCAAGAUCUUCCAGGUCCCAGACUUUGUCGGUGACUCUUGCAAGGCCAUCGCCUCGCGUGUCCGUGGUGCUGUCGCCUCAGUCCCAUUCGACGACUUCCACAAGCGCUCUGCUGAGAUCAUCCGUCACGCCGUCUUUGGUUUUGACGAGAACGGAGCACCAAAGGAGAACUUUGCCUUCAACGCCAACAACCUGAUCAUCACCAACAUUGAUAUUCAGUCCGUCGAGCCAGUCGACCAGAGAACUCGUGACUCUCUGCAAAAGUCUGUCCAGCUCGCCAUCGAGAUCACCACCAAGUCCCAGGAGGCUGCUGCCCGUCACGAGGCUGAGAAGCUCGAGCAGGGUGCUCGUGGUCGUCUGGAGCGUCAAAAGAUUAAUGAUGAGGCUGCCGCCGAGUUGGCCAAGAAGGACCUCUUGGAGCUGCAGGCUCAAUCUGCCGCCGUCGAGUCCACCGGUCAAGCUACCGCUGAGGCCCAGGCUACCGCAGAGGCUCAGUCCAUCUCUGCUCAGGCCAACGUCGAGCAGGCCAAGCUCCGUGCCCAGGCCACCAAGAUCCGUGCCGAGUCUGAGCUCUUGCUCGUCAAGCAGAAGCGUGAGGCCGAGCUUGCCUACAAGAAGCAGAUCGACGAGUUGGAGUUGAACAGACAGCGUGAGCUCUCCACCAUCGAGGCCAAGAAGUUCAAGCAGUUGGUCGAGUCCAUCGGUCAGGAGACCAUCAAGUCCAUUGCCCAGGCUGGUCCAGAGAUGCAGGCCAAGCUGCUCAAGGGAUUGGGUCUCAGCUCCGUGAUGAUCACCGACGGAAGCUCGCCAAUCAACCUGUUCAACACUGCCAACGGUCUCUUGGGAGGUGCUCCAAAGGCCAAGUAA